AUGGUCAUGGCGUCGUCGUCUUCGCCGGCGGCGGCCGGCGGGUCUACCAUUUUUUUCGAUCUCAACGACUUCAAGGUGGAUGGAUCCGUGGCCGGUGUGGCUGCCCCGUUGGACAUCUAGGUUGUGGAUGUUUGCCAGGCCUCUGAUGAGGUUGAUUUGAUGGGUUCUGCAGGGGGAUUUCUCGUUUGAUGCGCUGUUCGGGAACCUGGUGAACGAGAUCCUCCCGUCGUUUCAGGAUGAGGAUGCGGAGUCGUCGGAAGGGGGCCUCGAGGGGGUCAAUCUGCCGAAUGGGCACUCUCGGGCGCCUUCGGAAGGAGGGCGAUCAAUGCAGGGAGGGGCUGGGGGUUUGUUGAGCACACCUUCAUCGUCCACACCGUUGUUCCCUGGUGUGGAUGAGCUUCUCGCCCUGUUCAAGGAUUCCAGCAAGGAAUUGGUCAGCCUCCGGCAACAGGUGUGCGUGCUUUACAGUAUAUUUUUUCUCAAAUUGCUGAGGAAAUCGUGAAUUUUUUUUCCUGAGUCAUGCAUUCGUCCUUUUAUGGAAAUUGGAGAUCGACUCGAGGCUCCAGAACCUGAAGAAGGACCUCACCGUCAAGAACGCUAAGCACAGGAAGACUCUCGGAGAGGUUAGUUCGAGAGAAAACCUUCCUUUAUCUCGAUCCCCUUCGUCUUUCAGUGAAGCAAGGUUCGUGAUUGUGUUUCUUGUCAAACAAUUUUGGCGUCUCCAGAUGGGCUGGAUCACAUCGUUAUCUGCUUCUAUCUCUCUUUCCAGACAUAUGAUAUGUGAAAAAAGGACUUCGGAGAACUAGCUCCGACCCAAUAUUCUUCUGAUCUGAACCAUUUAUUGUAGGAUUUAAAUUCAUUUUAAACUGUUCUUUCCUCGUACCGAACUUUGACGUAGUUACAUUGAGAAAUUAUGGAACGAAGAGAUGCGAUUUCUAUUGUGCUGAUGCACACAGGUUGUUCAAAGACUACCAGCAAUGGGCAGUCCUUGUACAUGUGUUAUCCGCGUAGCAAACUGAGUUUUGAUGGGAACUAAUGCUUUCAACACCUCUCUAAAACCCCCGAUCUAUUAGGAAUGGAUAUGCUCGGAAUCUACUGGCAUUAUUUCUUCCAUCCGUAUACUUUUUACAUAUCAUGAAUACACUGAUCAGGUACUGUAAAUAAUAAAAAUGUACUUGUUUGAGAUCAGUGAUCGAUGAGAAAGAGCUCUAUACAUCAGAUAGGUCUUAUGCCCAGAUGGUGUAGGGAGAACUAGAAGCCGAACAUUCCCAAAUUUCUAGAUUUAAGUUGGUCCUCAUUACACUUAAGCGUGACAUUUUCUCAGACCUUGCCACAUCGACAUAAAGAACAAAAGCUCUCCAUAUUAAGUUACUAUGUGCUUCUGCAGUUGUCUCUAUCUUUUCCCUAGUGCAAGUCAGGUGUUCCAGACGGAUAAGGAUUCAUCCACUUUUGUCUCUUUCUUUUUUUUUUUAUUUGCAUCUAAAUAAGCUACUUCCAUAAGCCAUCCUGAACUUUCACACUUUCUUUGAUGGCAUGAUUUGCAAGUAUCAUAUUUGGAACUAAAGUCAUAUUAAUAUUGAUGUGGCACAAACUCUGGAGAUGAGCUGCAUCUUAAUAUUUGUGGACAGCCUUUGAAACUGGAAAUAAGUUUCAUGUAAAGGAAAAAAUAAUUCGCUUUGAUUCUAAAGUGCCAGAAAAUUUUGAAGUGAAAAAUACAUCUAUAAGUGGGAAAUAUCUUUAUGACUCAAUACGUUAUUUUACUAAGUGGUGCUCAGAUUAAUCACAUAUCAAAAGAAAGGAUGACAUGUACAGGCGCAUAUUCCAUGUGGCUCUUGUAAACCAUAUAUACGACUAUGAACUAGACCAAAAUGAUGCAAACAAUACUAGUUCUGUGCACCCAAAAAUGACACAAUCAUUGUCCUUCCUCAUGAUGAAGCUCAUCUCAUUCAUUCGUUCACUCUAACGCCAGCAUUAUGAUCAUCCUUUCUUCUUAGAAGCUGUCUUUUAAAUAUUAAAGAUGCACAUGUUCCCCCAGUUCCAUACUCCAAAUGGUCUCAUGGAAGAAAGGCGACCAAUUUUUUUGGUUCCCUUUGAGUAUCAAAUUCUGUUUUCUCCUGAAAUUUUAUCCUUAUCCUUUCUUUGGUGGUAAUAUUGCUUACCUGUAAAGUGCUGUAAUCUCUGCCAAAUCUCUGCCUGUAAUCCAUUGAUCUAGCUUAAUAAAGUCCUUCUCAAGGUAGCAUUUAUAUGAUGACCUUUUUCAUGAUUUUCCACAAGGUCAUAGUUCCAUGAUCCUUUAGCCAGUUUGCACCACUUUUCCUCAUAACUAAUUUUGAUUCCGACCCUUCAAAUGAGCCUACCCCGAGCAGAAACCCUUCACAGCGUCCAUCGAGUCAUGUUUCUUCAUGUCUAGUGAGUUUUGUGAGAACAUAGUGGAAAUACAUUGGGACUUGCAGCCUUGUUCUUCCUCUUGUUUGCUCCCCUUACUCUUCCUUUUACCAUAAGCAGCAAAUCUCUUUCCAAGAAAGGUCUCCAGUGACCCCGAGUGAAAAUUUGAGUAAAAGUUACUCACGUGCUCCUUUACACCGUGUUCUUCUGUGUGUCCCUUAAUUUGCUCUUUCUUCAAGCAUCAGAUGGUGUUUUUCCUUCUCCUUGAGGCCAUCUCUUGGAACUAUGCUGUAUCGACAUCCUCUUCACCAUGAUGCAGAUAUCAUUCCUCCUCUCGUAAACUUUUCCUGCAAGUUGUGUACAAGCUUUUCUGAAUCUUCUGAUGCAUCAUUUUCCUUCAUUUACUCGAGAAUUUAAUCCUUUUCAUUUUUUCAAGGAAGCAUCUUGGCAACCCCACAUCAAACUUCUCCUCUGAUUGUCCAGCACCAGAUCAUUUAAAUUUCCUGCUAAAGCCGAAAUUCCUCCCAGUGAUUCUGACCAAUGAGUUUAUUAAUCACCUCUCCUAGCCUUCCCAAUCAAAUAUCGGAUAUCUUAGGUCCCAGCAAUGAAGCUAAUUGAACAAAAUUCUAGUAUGUUCACCUUCUGCCAUUGAUUAAUGGGAGGAAAAUCAUGCUUAGUUGUUUUGUUGUGGACGUAGUCCAUAUAGCUAUGCAGGGUCAUUAGUUGUAGUUUCACAGUGGUUAGCGACUUGCAGAAAUUCUAAGAUGGAGAUGAAGUCAAUGCACCAUAGAGGGGGGCUGGAUUGCAAAAUGUUUUUGUUAUUUUAUGCAAUUUUAAUCUGACCCUUGAUAGCUUUUAACCUUUCUUUUGUAGAGUCAAAUGACCAAGUAGGAAUAGUGGUUGUAUCUUGUGCUAACUUUACUGGAUCUGAAAUUUGUUCCUAAGUACUAAUAUGCUGGUAGGGAAUUCUUCCUAUGAAGCUCUCACUUAGUUUUUGUCCUGUGCAACGAUUAGUUAUUUUAUGUACCUUAUCACUCUAGGUUAAUGGAAGUGGAUAUCCCGACUCAUAUCCAUGUAUUAUGACAAUUCAGCUAUAUUUAAAGCACGUCUUUAGUGGGUUAUAUUUCGGAUGCCUUCUUCUGUGGUAAUUGUUUUCAAGGUAUGAUACUGGCCAUUUAGCAAGAUCUUAUGGUCGUCCUUUAUUGAUACUUUCAGUUGGAAAAAGGCGUGGAUGGACUCUUUGAUAGCUUUGCUAGGCUGGAUUCACGUAUUACAAGUGUUGGACAGACUGCUGCAAAAAUUGGUGAUCAUUUGCAGGUACUUGAUCUUUUAUAGGUUUUUUACCUCCCGAAAGCAUAAAUUAUUUAUCAUUUCUGGAGAAUCACAAAUCGAUUCUUUUCAUUUUGUACACAAAUUGACAUCUGACACAUGAAUUUGAUUAUUGUAGAGUGCAGACUCUCAGAGGGAAACAGCCAGUGAGACAAUAGACCUUAUUAAGGUAGUCAUGCGAAAUGAUUGUUUGUGGCAAGAGUUGAUCUUGAUGUUAGAUCUAGAUCUGUAAAAUGCAUCGUGGUUUGACUAUGAUGUCUAUCCCAUGUAAAUAUAAUGUAUCCUGCAGUACUUGAUGGAGUUCAACAGCAGCCCGGGGGACCUAAUGGAACUUUCUCCCCUAUUUUCCGAUGAUAGUCGCGUAGCUGAAGCUGCUUCUGUUGCACAGAAACUGCGUAAGCUCGAAAAUUUUCUUCCUACCUUUUUUACAUUUUCUAAUAUGGUCUCCCUUGUGUUGCAUCCGCUCAACUACUUUUCUUGAUGUUAUAUUUAAAUAGCCAAUUUGAUCAUCUGUUAAAAACUUUGGUUUUUUUUUUUUUACUGGAUGGGAGGCCUUAAGAAAUAUAAAAGCUCUGCGCUUUUAUGAUCAUACUCAAGAACAAUUUGAUAGUCUCGUGUUGUGACAACUUUUCUUUUUAAAUUACUGAACUCUGGAAAUUAUGAACAUCAGACGAUUGUGCAUCUUGGAUCUUCUUGACGAUAUCUUUGGACAAGCUUCCAAUUGGCGAAAUAGAGUGCAUCCAUGGGUGUGGUUAUGUUUUCUGCUUUUUGUGUUGCACUUUUCCGGAGUCUAUGAUCAAUUCUAUGCUUUAGAAUUGAUUUCAUUCUGGGUUUUUUGGGGCUGAUUUGAGUGCUUUGCAAAGGAAAGGUGGUAUAGUGACUCCAUAUAUUAAGAAGCUGCUUCUUUUUGGGUAUAACUGAAAUUAUGCGAGGUUUUGGCAAUUCUCAUAAUCUCUUAAUUAAUAAAUUACAUACAUUUCGUAAUUCCAACUUUGGAACUUUUUUAAUGAUUUAUAACUACCACUCUGCAGUUAAUGGCGUGAAGAGUCACCUCAAGUCCUGGUCGCUUACCAAUCUCAGAUUACAUACUAGAUGUGAUUAAUGGCAUAUUUACAAGAUUUUCUACAACAGUGAACCGGACUUAUAGUUUAGUUUUCUGGUAGAGAAAGUAUGUACUUUUUAUGUGCAUUUGCCAUUAUAUCUUGCCUGGGGAAAUGGUGAUCAUAUGACCAAACGUUGGACUCGGACAGUGUAUGCUGGAGUUAGGUGAUACCUGUGGAGUGGGGUUGUAGGUUAUUUUUUCUGUUUCUGGGUCUAUUUGAUGCAGAACGUAAUUUGAUUUAUCAUGACAUUGAAAAAGAAACCUAGCUUUGAAACAUUCAAAUUCAGGUCAAAUUGUGAUGUACUUCUGACUGCCUGGGGUUGGUUCAUCUUUAUGUACUAAAUCCAACUUUAACCUGUGAUUUCUUGGAACCUCCAUGCGUGGAGUGUUUCAGAUGUAUGAUUCUUGAAAUCUCAUCACAUGUUUUUCCGUAGAAACAGAUAUACAAUUGUGUAUCUUAUAACUGAUGGCAUUUUUAUAAAUAACUUGCAAAGGGAAUUACUAGAAAUAUGUUUCAUUUUUGUAAAUGAAAGUACUCCAAAAUUCAAAGCUGAAUUUUCUACUUCGGAGGACUAAAAGUGGGCUAUGCUGCAUUGGUAUAAAUCUAGUGUUUAUGUGACACACUUCUAGAUGUAUAUAUAAAGGUGAACGUGGAUUGCACAUAAUUUAGCUGAAAGGGGAUAUUUUAUGGAAUGCCUUACAUCCUUUCAGAGAUCCAGUACCCGUCACCUCUAGAACUCAUACCAAGACUGAAAAGACCAUGCUAAGGUACUAAUCAUCUCAAGAAUGAGGAAUGCUGUUUUCCUUCAUUACAAAAUUUUCUAGUCAACCUUUUCAUUCCCUCAUAUUUAGCAAUAGAAAGCUUCGCCACUCAUGAAAAUGAGCUAACAAGAAACAUGUGUUCCAAGAAAGCCUCCAACGAGCUACAAUGGGUAAUUAUUAUGAGCACUGAAUUUUAUUUUUAUAUAUUAUUUAAUUUUUUAUUCUUUUUCUUUAACAUAUUCAUGUAUCUUGCCAAAUUCUUCAGACAGGAUCAAAAGCGAAUAUUCAUAUGAUUAAAAAAAAGUUCUUCAGGAUGGAAUAUUCAAGAUAGCCUUGCCAUCUUUAUUAAAACUUUCCAAGCUUGUUUUUGUCAUUUUAAUUACAGGGUCAUUUGCUGAGGAAGAUAUUGGUAGGCAGGGCAUACCUUUGCCCAUUGGAGCUGCGAAUGCUAGUAGAGGUUUGGAAGUUGCUGUUGCAAAUCUUCAAGAAUAUUGUAAUGGUGGGUUUUUGUAUCAAAUUGUUCUUAAUCAUUCUGAGAAUUCAUGCGAAUUGUAAUCCAUGGUUUUGUCAUUCUCUAGAAUUGGAGAACAGAUUGUUGUCUAGAUUUGAUGCAGCAUCUCAAAAGAGAGAUUUAUCAACAAUGGGAGAAUGUGCUAAAAUUUUAUCGCAGGUUAGUUCUUUUCCACAGUCGUAUGUUGAUAAAGUUACAGCCAACUCCAAGCAGAAGAAGAUUCAGUUUUAAGAUUAUAAAUCAUUUUUGCCGUUGUUACCAUCAUUUAGAAGUUAGACAAAUAUUCAUUUAUUUUUCUCUUUUUAAGCAUCAAGCAUCGUUCUCUUUGUUAGCCCGUAUAUCCAGAUGCUAUGACUUGUGCUGAAAAUUUCGGUUACUAGGUAUUAGUUCAGAAUAAUCUCACUGAAGUAUGCCUUCUUGUUUAUGAAUGCAGUUUAAUAAGGGGACUAGUGCUAUGCAGCACUAUGUAGCUUCUCGUCCAAUGUUUAUCGACAUUGAAGUAAUGGAUUCAGAUGUUAAAUUAGUUCUUGGAGAUCAGGGAUUGCAAUCUGGAACUACAAACAUUGCACGUGGCCUUUAUACAUUAUACAAAGAAAUCACAGGUUUUGGAGAAGUCUUAUGAGAUUUACAGCAUGAUGCAUUAAGGGACUGUGCACUUAGAAUUGCACUUUUCUAAUGAAGUAAUGAAAAUCUGACGAAAUGUCGUCUUGCAGAGACUGUGCAUAAAGAGGCUGCCACCAUAAUGGCUGUAUUUCCAUCCCCUAUUGAAGUCAUGUCUAUUCUUGUGCAGGUAGCAAUAGAGAGAUUAGACAUCUGGUUUCUAUACUGUUCUUUAGAAUAGAAAACUAAUUUUAUUCCUGUCUUGCACAGCGGGUUUUAGAGCAAAGGGUGGCAGCUAUUCUGGACAGGUUGUUAGUAAAGCCUUCACUGGUUAACAUACCUCCUCUUGAGAAAGGCGGACUUCUACUCGUAAGAUGCUUCAAUAGUACUGCAGUUCAUUCCUUGUUUCGUACGGGUUAAUAUCCUUUGAUAACAAUGUUACUGAUGAGUUGACUCUGCAGUAUCUCAGACUUCUAGCUGUUGCAUAUGAGAAGACAUAUGAACUCGCGAAAGAGCUAAGAUCCGUGGGUUGCGGUGACUUGGACGUUGAGGGUAAUUGACAAAAGUCAAUGACAAUGUCUGAACUUUAUAUUUUGAAUUGUGAGACUUUGUUGUACAGUGUUUUUUAUUACUGAUAGCGAGAAUUUUACAUCCUGGAAAAUGACUUUCUUAAAUGUCUCAACUGAAAUUUAAUUUUCCAGAAUCUAUAAUAGACGAUACAUUGUCAUUUUCCCUUCUGUAUAUUGUGUAAAACCUCCAUGGGAGGGAGAAGAGAAUCAGACACACUGGUAAAUGGAGGAAUAUGGCUGUAGUGAAAUUAUUUGGUAUUACUGAGGGCUCUUUCCCUAACAACAAAGAACUUGAAAAUUUUAUCAUCUCCCCAUUGAGUAUAUUGUAAAUAAAGCUCAGAGGGCAUCCAUGACUAAAUUCUUUGUCAGACUGAAUGGAUUCCUUGCUUGCACUUUACCUCGAUCUAUUAGUUUGGAUCAUGUAACGAGCACUAUAUUAUUGUCACUUCACAUUUGGAAAGUUGUGUACUCUAGUCUUCUAACCUUCGUUCUUUCCAUGACCCUAUAUGGCUGGUCUUCUUGAAGAGGGGCUUUAAAAUUGCUAAUCAGCUAAACAUGUAGGAUUCAGUGUAUCACACUAAAUAAAUUGACGCUAUAUAUGUGUACCUCUUUUCCUCUGAUUGAGUCAAUAUGCUGUACUAUCAUCUUUCCAAAAAAAUAAUGAAAAUAACAAAGGGAGAGGAGAAAGAUCCCGGUUCAAGUUUCGUGAUGGUUAUGAAUCAUCAUUCUCACCGAAUGCUGGAAGCUCAUGUCACUUUCACUUGCCAUCUUCGAUUUAGUCGCCACUGAAAUAAGUGCUUCCAGAUUUUUUUUUUCCCUUUAAUUAAAUGGGCUCUUGUUUUACUUGUUCAGGGCUCACAGAGUCUCUAUUUCUUGCUCAUAAAGAUGAGUACCAUGAACAUGAGCAGGCAUCCCUUAAGCAGCUAUAUCGGGCAAAGGUUUUCUUAAUUCCUACUUGAUUUUGGAUGGGAUUUUAUUAGUUGUCUUUUAGUAUAUGUCUAUCUCUUAUGGAUGGAAUACUGUCCUGCAGAUGGAGGAAUUGCGUUCUGAAGUCCAGCAACCAUCUCAGUCUACCAGUGGAUUUUCACGUUCACAAGCGCCACCUGGACCUUCCCAGCAGCAGAUAUCAGUUACUGUUGUCACAGAAUUUAUUCGCUGGAAUGAGGAGGCUAUAUCUAGAUGCACUUUGUUUUCUUCCCAGGUAAGGCCAUACUUUGACUGCCAGAGUAGUUAACACCUAUCAUAUUCUCCAACCUUGCUCUUUAAUUACCUUUUGCUUUAUUGGCUAUUUUUUGCGAUAUGCCUGAUUGGAAUCUGUUACCCACAAGUUGUGGCAUACAAAUUGAUUCAGGAAAUUAGCGUCUUACUGAAUGCCGAAUACUUUUAUGUUUACCUUAGCAAUGAAUUUCUGUGUCAGAGAUGAGAGUGAUUUCUGGGGUUUUGGUUGUUGAUGCAGGUCUCAGUGUUUUCCUUUUGACUUUGUACAGGUUUUACGACAUUUGUUCAAUUGUACUGUGGUACCAUCCACUUCCAAAAAUAAAAAAAUCAUUAAAUGGAACCCAUAAACUUCAACAAACCAUGAUACAGUACUUUUAUACAACCUUGAGGUUGAUGUUCUUGCAGACGCAUCAUUGCGCAGGGAUAUCAAAUAAUUUUUGUUGAUUGCUAUGUUCAUGGCAAAAGGUGGGACUGUGAAUGAAUAAAAUAAUAUAUUGCUAUUGAAACGCAGAUGAUGUUACUUAAAGGGCAUUUAGACCAAGAUUGCAACAUCAAAAACGGCUUGCGAAGAAAUGUAGGGAUGAAAAGUGUGUGUAUAUAUGUAUAUAUCUUUCUUAGUAAUGAUUCAAUAAUAUUUGAAGCACAUUAGAUUAGGGUAUGAUAUGAUGCUAAGCGUGAAUUCCAAUUGAGAACGCUUUAAUUUACCUAUCCCUCCCAGGACAUGCGAAGGUUUCCAUGUGUUUGGUAACAUACGAUCCAUUUUUUUCGUGCUCACCUUGGGUGUAAGUUUAGUUGAAAGUUAUGAAACUUACUAUGCAUCCAUAGGCAAGUGACAUGAGUUGUAGAUCCCAGGCUAUUUCAUAUCAGGAAGCAAUGCAUUCUCUUGUUCAGAGCCUUGAUGAAAGUUAUGAAAUUUCCUUCGGAGUAAAAUCGAUUCAUCAAUGGUGAAGCUAUCAAGUGCACUCUUUGUUCAGACGCUUGUUUUUUGCUGUACACUUGAAAUGUAUCCAAUGUAAACAAUUAAUGUUCCAAAUAACCUUUAAUGUUUAAGAGAUUCUUUAUUCAUUUCACAUCAUUAUGUGAUGUUUCAUUGCAUAACAAUAUUUAUCAUUCUCCAUGCUUUUCGUCAGUCAAUGGUGUGGUAAGGAUAACAUUCUAUUUGAGCUAUCAAGGAUAAAAAAAUUCUUAAUGAUCUCCGUCUCUUUCAUUUUAAUCUCUGGGGCAUGGGUAUUUCAAUGUGCUUCCCAGUUGCUGGUAGUUUGAUUGGUGGUACUUUUCUGCAUGACAAAGUUUCCCACCUUUUGCUAAGGAAAGGUGUGGAGGAGACUGUCCAGAAAUCAUUGAAUUGCAUAGCUUCUUGUUUAUUUAAUUAUUCCACUUCAGUGUGCCUUCCUACUUUGUAGUCUUCUGUGCGAUCAAGUUCCUCACUUUAGCUAAAGAAAAAUGUGGAUGGUGGAACAGCCUAGUUAAGUUAGAGUUUCUCUUUGUCCAUGAAAUCAUCAGGUUUAUCAUGAUCUCUCAUGCAUUGAUGUAAAAUAGUAUGACAGAACCAAGGAAAGCCCAAAAUUGGUGGGCCAGCUGUUCUGGAGACGUAAAGUGCAGGCUACAAAAAUGAGAAAACUCAGAAAGGCCCAAAAUCAAAUUUGGCCCAAAAUAAAGCACGUGAAUAACACGUCAGAGUCUUAGUUUUAGUAACUGUCCAAUUUUUAAGGCGUUUUGAAUAUGUUUCAUCCGAUUUUCAGGGUCGCCCCAACUGAUUUUCAGCCUGUUUAAAGCCCAUCAUCUUGGUUAGUACGAAUUUUCUCCCUUUGAGGUGUUUGUUGUCUUGUGGAUUCAAAGCACUGGCCUUUGUGGAUUCAAGAGUCGUCCUAGUCAUUCCUUGUGGAUUCAAAGAUUGAAGAUUCCAAGUCCUGAGGAUUCAAGGCCUGGUCUCCAAGCCCCCCAAAGUUCCAGAUUCGUGCCUUGUGAAUUCAAGGCUCAAAUCUUCCAUUCUGCACAACUCCAGCUGUGUCGUGCAUACAACCUAGUUGAUGCAAUUGCUUCAGUUCAGUGUACCCUUUUGGUUUUAUCUUUCUCAUUGCAAUUGCCAAGUUGAAGAAUUAAACCUAAUUUCGUUGUUCUCGUUUGUCAUUUUCAUGGUAAUCCCUACCAAGGAAAUGCAAGUUUAGUGAAGGCACUGGAGGAUGAAAAAUUAUAACUGAAUUAAACUGGGUUUUCCUAUCUGGUUUGACUGUGCAAGAUUGGAAUCAGCCAGCUGCUGAAGAACUAUGGAUGUUAUCUUUAAAUAAAUAGCCUUUAAAUUUCAUUACCAUUUUUUCAUGUACUUGGAUUUUUUCUUUAACAGGCAUUCAUUUUAAAAGUGGCCCCCCUUCAUCAAUUUAACAAGGACGAAUGGUGGACUAGGGAGGAAGAGUUACUGUUAGUUUUCAUAAGUUUCUCUGUUAUUGCCAUUCUCACCUCUAUAUCCACUGCAGUAUUAAUGCAAUAUAGAUUAUUUUCCCACACUCCUUUUUAGAUCCCUUUUUCUGGUUGUGUCUGGCUUCUCACUUCGUCUUCACUUUUUGGCUCCGGUCUUUGCCAGCAUAAUACUUCCUCCACUUCUUGCUAACGAAUUUGUCUUUCUGAUGCUUUUAUCUGAUAUUGUUUUGGGAGAUGGUCUUUACAUCUAGUGUUCUUUAUCUUGAUGUCCUUUUCACAGCCUGCUACAGUUGCAAAUAGUGUGAAGCCAAUCUUUACAUGCUUGCUUGAACAAGUAAGUGUGUAUCAGUAUGUGCUUUCUUAUUGUUCUCCAAUAAGUGAACCUCCUUAAGUAGCUAUUUCGUUCUGUUUGUCCACUCCACAGGUUAGUCAAUAUUUGACUGAAGGAUUGGAACGUGUAAGAGAGAGCUUGACUGAGGCUUCGGCUUUGAGGGAAAGAUUUGUGCUGGGUACAAAUCUCAGUAGAAGGGUAGCUGCAGCUGCUGCUUCUGCCGUAAGAUUAUGCUCUUUUAUGAAAAAAAUGCCUUAUAUUUUUUUUCUUUUCGAGAUAAACUGAGUUUGGAAUCCGGAGAUAAACUACUUAUCAUGUUCAGGCAGAAGCUGCUGCCGCUGCUGGUGAAAAUGGUAUCAGAUCUUUUGUGGUAGCUGUGCAACGUUGUGCUAGCAGUGUAUCCAUACUGCAGCAGGUAACUGUCGUUUUUUUUACCUUACAAAUUCCCAUGUGAUUAAGCAUAUUCUUUGUAUGGUAAUUUUUCAACACAAUUAGAUGAUGACGUUGAUGCUUUUCUUUUCAGUAUUUCUCAAAUACGAUAUCCCGGCUCUUAUUACCAGUGGAUGGUGCCCAUGCUGCGUGCUGUGAAGAAAUGGGCACAUCCAUCUCCCGUGUUGAGACUGCAGCUCAGAAGGGGCUCUUACAAUGCAUUGACACAGUAAUGGCUGAGGUGGGUCCGCUUUCAUUAAAAAAAACUCCUCGUACUGGCUAUCUUAGCCAAGGAGCAUCUCUGACAAUGUACUUGUCAUUCAAUCAAUCUGGAUCUUUAUUUUCUAAGACCGCACAUUCCCAUUGUUUUAUCUUACAUUUAUCAGUCCAUCUCGAAAUAUUGCGUGCAGCCAAUGAAAUUGAUACAAGUCACUGUUAUUUCUUUCUAAAGCAUUUUCUUUUAAUCAAUUAUGAAGAAUGAAUUAUAUUUGGUGUUUUUCUGUAUACAUAUUGAACUGACUGCAGUGUUAUGCCUAUAAUUCUUUCUUUUCCCAUUAUAUUAUUAACAUUUUUAAAGAGAUCUCUCAAAAUCGUCGAUUUCGACAUCACCGGUUGUCAAUGAGCAUUGCCAUGGUUGUGAAGACCUCUGCAAUUAUUGUCAUGGUUGUCCACUGCCUUAUGCUUAGGCAAUAGCACAAGGGUGACAACUUUUCUAGAUAACUAAUAAAAGCAAUAUUAAAUAUUUUUAAAAUAGAAAAUUUGUAGAUAUAGAGUAACAUGAAAAUAAAAAAUAUUUGUAUUUCAGUUUUAUAAUUUAUUAAAAUCAUUAAUUAAAUCAAUGAAUUUAGAAAGGCACUAAUGCAUUUGAUCAAGCGACUGUUCAUCCUUCCACUACCAUGCAUUUGCAUUUUUUAUGAUAGAAGAUGUGGUGCAAAUACAUUCCACAGGUGAUGCGACUGUGAAUGAUGAUGGUGGAGAGGCACUUGGUUAUGUGAUUUGGAGAAGAUUAUGCACUGUGGAAAUAUAGAAUUUGGAGAAGGAAAUAGCAAAUGAAUAAAAAACGUUACGAAUCCGGCAAAAAGGAUGCGGUGAAUUACACCUCAGGACCACUAAGGGAGGGGAAGGGAUAUGUAUGUAUGCUACUUUGUAUCCCUUGAUUUGCAAUUUAUUAUCAGUCUCUCCUCUGGGCCUGCACAUCCUGGGUUGAUGAUUAUCUCGUUUUACUUCCAUCUAUCUGGCUAGUGUUACCAUGCAUGGAUUCAUAGGCAUUUUUGUCUAAACCACGUACAAUCUUAGGCUGAUCCACAUUGGUUGAUCUAGACCUAUCGGAUUGGUCAACAAAACUUAGAAAUUACUGUGAGGGCAACUAUGCAUAGGCUUGCUUUCAUGUUGCACAAACUUAAAAUAAUCUACAAAGAGGAAAGCUUUUGUCUCCCUCUGUUCUUAUGGAAAAGAAUUAAUCUUGUCCCUGGCAAGGAUCUCAAUCAUGAAUGCUUAGCUGUCUUCUUGAUAUUCCAAUAAUUCGAGCAUGUCUACAGCUAAUGACAGAAGUAUUGUGUCCAAUGGGAAAAGUUGAAGUAGAGAGAGAAACUCGCGUUGGAGAAAAAAAUGAGCACAAUGAUUGGAGAAUUGACAACUGAUAGAUGAAUUCGAAAUACUAACUUCAUCAAAAUUUUGCGGCACACAAAAAUAGAAAGCAUGAAGUGAGAAUAUUUUUGCUGUUUCAACUCGGAACGGGUGACUCUGCAUGAGCCACAAUGGGGGUGGGUGAAGUUCCUUCUCCCUCAUCCUCGGGGAGCAGUUGAGGAGAGUGAAAUUGGCUUGGUCUGCCCUGUUUUAUCUAGCUCCUAUCCAGUUUCAUUAUUUCACGAAAACUUGGGCCGAUGUGACACCACAACUAUCUGAGGUAGUCUGGUCAUACUUCGUUAGUUCUGUAAUGAACUGUUAAUGUUUUUGUUCCUUGCAACCAGACAAGUGUUUUCAAAUCUUUUUUUAUUAUUAGUAAAAUGAAACUCUGAGAGACUUUCAUUGCAGGAAAAUCCUAGACAAUGAAAAUCGAGAGUCAAAGGCAACCAUAACAUAAUCUAUGUAGAAAUUCCUCAUUUAAAAGCGCCAUAACUUUCAAUCAGGCUUCUUGCUCAUUGAAUCAAAAAAUGGAAUCAAAAAAUGGACGGACCCCAUCUGAUCUUACUAACUAUUUGGGCUGCUGUGCCAAUUCUGGACUACUGUUCUUGGAUCCGAGAAUGCCUUUUCUCUCAAGGGAAUUUCCAAAAUCAACAAAAAUUUUGAGAUUGCAUCAGGGAGGAUCCGGAUUGUGACCAUAAUAUUCCGGUCAUGCCUGAGUUCAUCACAUUACAGUUUCCCUGUUCCCCUCUCAGAUCUCAUGUUCUUGUGUGGUGACCCUAGUGUCCUCCAUUAAACCUAAAUCCCACGUGAAUAUCUCCCUCCUUAUGCUCCAUGCUAUGAGAAAUAAGCAUCAUAUGUAAAAGAAUUGGUAUGAACUCUCAUUGAAUGUCAGAAAUACUUCAACACUGGUGCCCCUGAUUUUUCCAGAAACCGGACCUCCUUAAGUAUGUACUCCUAAAUUAUUUUCCCUCUGAUCUCUCUUGCAGGUGGAGCGUUUGCUUUCUGCAGAACAGAAGACCACUGAUUUUCGAUCAGUGGACGAUGGAAACGCCCCUGAUCAUCGGGCAACAACCGCUUGCACAAAGUCUGCUCGAUCACUGCUCUUCCCAUUGAUCCUAACUCAAAAAUCUAACCACAACUAAUUUAUUAAUAUUUUUGUGUGAAUACCAGAGUGGUGGCUUACCUAUCUCGUGUACUAGAAGUAGCAUUUACUGCUCUAGAAGGUCUCAACAAGCAAUCAUUCCUGACAGAAUUGGUAAGUUGAUAUAAACUCAGUGUAAGUUUCUCAUAUAUUGAAUAUACUUGCGGUGACAGAAUGAUCAUGAAACUAUAUUGAGAUCUUUCAUUGAACUUCUAAACGUUUUAAAAGCCUGGACCUCUCCCUACUGUUUUUAGUACGACAAUGUGAACUAGGGCAGCUGUAAUCUACCAAGUUUUUCCUUAAAAAGCAAAGAUUGCAGCUUGUUUUCUUUAUGCUACUCAGGCAAGCCCACUUACAGGUGUUCAAUUUUUUUGAGGUUUUUAGCAUAUCCUUUCAGAGAACUUAGAAUUGUCUUAAGUUUUUAAUUCGUCUUUAUUAUUCGAUCCUCAUAGCCGGACAAAAGACAAACGUAUGAACUGAAUCGUCAUCUUAAUUUGAGAAUUAAAUCUCUGGCAACUAUGAUUAAUGCUAAUCACCUGGAAUGAAUUACCAUUUGGUAUAUGUUCAGUUCUUUCGACCCUUGAAUACAUUUUGAAAUGCUCUAGUUAUUUUCUCCAUGAACUUAUCUGUCUUCUCUAGUUUAGCGGACUUUGGAGAUUCAUAAACUUGGACUCUUCUUAAAAAAUUAUUAGCAUUUUCUAUGGUUUUUGGCUUGCCGUUAAAAUAUGUCUUCUAAACCAAGUUCCCCUAGAAUUUCCUAUUGGCCAUGAACUUGAAGAACGCAUGACUAAAUCUAUGGUAUUAUUUCUUUCACUCUCUGUGGUAGAUUUCCAGUCUCAUCCCAUUCAUUCCGGCGCCAAACAUUAGUUUUGUGUUAUUUUUACUUGUAUAUUGCAUGCUUAUUGUAAUCUUUUCUGAUUUGGACUCAUAAAAUUGUGAAACGACAGGGAAAUCGCUUGCACAAAGGGUUGCUUAAUCACUGGCAGAAGUUCACCUUCAGUGCCAGGUGCCUCACAUUACCUAGUUUCGCCAUUAUCUUCUCUCACUAAGAUUAUUUUAGCUUCUCAUUUUUUAUCAUUCUCUCAACUCUUUCACCUUAAUUAUAGUGUGUGUGUGAGAGAGAGAGAGAGAUAGAGAACGUCACAGUGCUGUUAUACUUUAUUAAAGUUUAUGCUGGUCAUUCGUCAAUUGCUUACUUCUACUUAUUAUACACUCUCUCUCUCUCUCUCUCUCUCUCUCUCUCUCUCUCUCUCUCUCUCUCUCCCCUCUCUCUCCCCUCCCUCUCCCCUCUCUCUCUCUAUCUAUCUAUAUAUGUAUAUAUAUGUCAUCUGUAUAUAUGUAUAGAUGUAUAUAUAUGCAUCUCCAUCUCUGUCCCGCUCUCUCUGUUGCCAAAGAAAACGAUUAGCAAUCUGAUAAUUAAUAUACUUGUUUGCAGCGGUGGACUGAGGCUGAAACGUGACAUAACCGAGUAUGGGGAGUUCGUCCGCAGCUUCAACGCCCCAUCAGUCGACGAGAAGUUCGAGCAGCUCAGCAUGUGAGUCCUGGGUUUUUCUUCCUUUUUUUUUUUUCUUCCUUUUCUUCCCUUUUUAAUUUCCACGGCCUCAAUCACUCCAUCCUUUCCCAGCAUUGCCAACGUGUUCAUUGUCGCCCCCGAGAGCCUCGCCUCCUUGUUUGAAGGCAACCCCAGCAUCAGGCAAGAAGCACUGAGGUAGAUGGAAAAAACAAAAACCCGCAUCUUUAUUAUAUACACAUAAAUUUCUAUAAAUGUUUUUUAUUUAUUUAUAAAUUUAUAAUUAAUAACCAAAAUGUGGAUGUUUAUUGCCCAAAAUGGCAGAUUCAUUCAACUGAGGGAGGACUUCCGGUCAGCUAGGAUUGCAUCCAGACUGAACGCCAUUGUGGCCGAUUCAUAA